AUGUCUUCUGUUAUGGCAUCUGCGAGUGCGGCGCCCACGGAGCCUAUCAAGGCUCCGCCGCAAGCGGGCAUUCUGGAGGGGGUCAAUCCUGUGCAUUUUGACAAGAAUCAUCCGAUUAUUCUGUUUAUCGUUCAGGCAGGCAUAAUCAUCAUCUUCUGCCGCGCCCUCAACUGGCCCCUCUCCAAAAUCCGCCAACCACGCGUGAUAUCCGAAAUCAUCGGCGGCAUCAUCCUCGGUCCCUCAGUAAUGGGCCGCAUCCCCGGCUUCCAAACCUCCAUCUUCCCCACCGAGUCCAUGACCAACUUGAACCUAGUCGCCAACCUCGGUCUGACGUUAUUCCUCUUCAUCAUCGGAUUGGAAGUCGAUCUGCGGUUCCUACUCAGCAAUUGGCGGCCUGCGCUCAAUGUUGGGCUCGCGAGUAUGGCGGUGCCGUUUGGACUGGGUUGUGCGAUCGCCGUGGGGUUGUACAAUGAGUUCAAGGAUGAGCCGGGAACGGUGCAGAUUGAUUUUGCGAUUUUUAUGCUGUUUAUUGGUGUGGCUAUGGCUAUCACUGCCUUUCCGGUACUGUGUCGUAUCUUGACGGAACUGAAACUGCUCAUGACGCCGGUUGGUGUUAUUGUUCUUUCAGCGGGUGUUGGGAAUGACGUUGUUGGAUGGAUCCUUCUCGCUCUCUGCGUGGCCCUCGUCAACGCUGGUUCAGGUCUCUCGGCACUGUGGGUCCUCCUCACCUGCGCCGGAUACAUGCUGUUCCUCGUGUACGCCGUGCGACCAGUCUUCGUCUACGUCCUGCGUAGAUCUCGCGCACUCCAAGAUGGUCCCAGUCAAGGCAUCAUCAGUCUGACACUGCUCAUCGCCCUGGGCUCUGCCUUCUUCACUGGUAUCAUCGGCGUUCACCCCAUUUUCGGAGCGUUCAUGGCGGGACUUAUCUGUCCCCACGAGGGUGGUUUUGCUAUCAAAGUCGCUGAGAAGAUUGAGGAUCUGAUUGGGGCACUCUUCCUCCCGCUCUACUUUACUCUCUCGGGACUGAACACCAACAUCGGUCUCCUGGACUCUGGUAUUGUGUGGGCGUACGUCAUCGGCGUCUGCGCUGUCGCCUUCUUCUCCAAGUUCCUGAGUGCAACCCUUGCAGCUCGCGGAAGCAAGAUGCUGUGGCGAGAAUGCUUCGCUAACAUCGGACUGAAUGCCAAGAUUCUCAGCACCCGAACCUUCACCAUCUUCGUCGUGAUGGCCCUCGUUACUACCUUUGCAUCGUCUCCAUUGACAAUGUACUUCUACCCUCCCUGGUAUCAGAAGAAGGUUGAGGCAUGGCGUCGCGGCGAGAUUGACUGGGACACCGGCAAGCCUCUCGACGGCUCAGACGAAGGUGCCGAUGGGAUCAAUUACGAGAAGAUGGCUGCUGAGAAGAUUCAACGGAUGACCAUCUACCUCCGUCUGGACAGCAUGCCCAACCUGUUGGCCUUCACCUCGCUCUUCGGUGGAAACGCGGACAAGCCGGCGCCCAAGACGCACCCAUCGAAAGACAUCAGCACAAGCAAAGAGACAGGCGAGACGUCACUUGUCGAGACUGCACCAUCGCGACCAGUCGAAGCCUACGGUCUCCGACUACUCAACCUCACCGACCGUGGCUCCUCCGUCAUGCAGGUCUCGGAGCUAGAAUCCUACACAGCCUACGACCCAGUCGUGAACACGUUCCGCACAUUUGGCCGUCUUCACAACCUUGCCGUCAGCGGCGAAGUGCUCGUCGUGCCGGAAUCGUCUUUCGCUGAGACUCUCGCUACCCGUGCAUCUGACUCCAACUUCCUAGUCCUGCCUUGGAGCGAGACAGGCGGUAUGUCGGAGCAAGCCAUUAUCGAAGACAAGGGAACGAAGAACAAGCUCGCCGCUUCAACGUACAACACGUUUGUGCACGACACACUCGAACAAGCCAGUAUACCCGUGGCAGUCCUGAUCAACAAGAACUUUGGCGGCAGCAAGAACAAAGAGCAGAAGCAGCGGCUGAAGCUUACCAGGACAUACAGCAGUGUUAGUCUGUCUAGCGCCAGGGACAAGGCGGUCACAGCACCCAUCGCGGAUCGAAGCCACCACGUCUUCUUCCCCUUCUUUGGUGGCAACGACGACCGGACUGCUCUACGUCUGGUUCUCCAAUUAGCCGAGAACCCUCAAGUCACUGUUACCGUCGUGUACUUCGAUGUUCCGGAGUCUGUUAUCGGCCAAGCGUCGCCCGUCUCAUCAACGGUUCUAGGAAAGGCCGGAGAAGUAGUCACAACGACGACUACAUCCCGCGAGCAGGAUGCAGCCUUCUUCGCUUCGCUCCGUGCCUCACUUCCUUUCGAUCUAGCAAGCCGUGUCGUCUUCGAGACUAUGGCUUCCACUGCGCCUGUUCAGGAUGUCAUUGCCCGCGCGAGCAUUGAGGUCGGGCAGUCGCCGAGGAACGCUGGUGAUCUCAUCGUGCUGGGUAGGAACGUAGCAAGGAACAGUGUGUUGGAGAGGGAGAGCACAGCAGACGAGAUAAGGAGUAGCUCAAGUGCAGCAGCAACACUGGGUGUGCUUGCUGAGAAGGUCUGGGAGGGCAGACUGGGAGCUAGUGUGUUGGUUGUCAAGGCGGGAUUGUGA